UCAGUUCCCACAUACUCUCUUAUCUCCUCUCUUUCUCUCACCAAGUUCCGAAGCUCCCAUGGAGAUCGGGAUCAAAAUGCCGACAGAAUGGGAAGAGAAAUCGGCGCUGUACGAGGCCUACAACGAGCUCCACGGUCUAGCCCAGGAGUUCCAGACGCCGUUCGACGCGCCGGCGGUGCUUGUCGUCGGCCACCAGACCGACGGCAAGAGCGCCCUCGUCGAAGCCCUAAUGGGAUUCCAGUUCAACCACGUCGGCGGCGGCACCAAGACCCGCCGUCCCAUCACCCUCCACAUGCGCUACCACCCCGACCGCGAGUCGCCGUUGUGCCGUCUCGUCUCCGACGCCGAUCCCGCUCUCGCCGAGGACAAGUCGCUCAAGGAAGUUCAGGCAUACAUUGAAGCUGAAAACAUGAGGUUGGAAAGUGAGCCUUCUCAAUUCUCCGCAAAAGAAAUAAUCAUUAACGUGGAGUACAAGUAUUGCCCAAAUCUCACCAUUAUAGAUACUCCUGGACUCAUUGCUCCUGCUCCUGGUCGAAAGAAUCGAGAAUUACAGGCUCAAGCUCGUGCAGUGGAGUCACUAGUCCGAACAAAAAUGCAGCAUAAAGAAUUUAUUAUAUUGUGUCUUGAAGAUUGCAGUGACUGGAGCAAUGCAACUACAAGAAGGGUGGUGAUGCAAAUUGAUCCUGAGCUUUCAAGAACUGUUAUUGUCUCAACCAAGCUUGAUACCAAGAUACCCCAGUUUGCACGUUCAUCAGAUGUGGAAGUAUUCCUUUCACCUCCUGCAUGCACGCUUGAUGGCUUCAUACUUGGUGACUCUCCCUUCUUUACAUCUGUCCCUUCUGGAAGAGUUGGUUCUGGGCCCGAUUCAGUUUAUAGAUCAAAUGACGAGUUUAAACAGGCAAUUUCCUUAAGGGAGAUGGAAGAUGUUGCAUCAUUGGAGGAGAAAUUGGGCAGGUUGCUUUCAGUGCAAGAAAGAAGUAGAAUAGGUGUUAGCAAACUCAGGUUGUUUUUGGAAGAAUUGUUACAGAAGAGGUACAUGGAUAGCGUUCCAUCAAUCAUUCCCCUUCUUGAAAAGGAAUACAGAAGCACAACAAGAAAGAUGAAUGAAAUAAAUCAAGAACUCAGCACUUUGGAUGAAGUAAAACUAAAGGAGAAAGGAAGAGAUGAUCUGUUCUUGACCAAGCUGUCAUUGCUGUUGAAAGGAACAGUUGUUGCACCUCCAGAUAAAUUUGGUGAAACAUUGCAAGAUGAGAGAACCAAUGGGGGAGCAUUUGUUGGUAUUGAUGGUCUUCAGAUCCCUCACAAGCUUAUACCUAAUGCAGGAAUGCGUUUAUAUGGAGGAGCACAGUAUCAUCGUGCCAUGGCUGAUUUCCGCUUUAUUGUUGGAGGAACCAAAUGCCCUCCAAUUACGCGGGAAGAAAUUGUAAAUGCUUGUGGAGUUGAAGACAUACAUGAUGGAACAAACUAUUCGAGGACAGCCUGUGUUAUAGCUGUUGCAAAGGCUCGUGAUACCUUUGAACCAUUUCUUUGUCAGUUAGGUUCUAGACUCUUGCACAUCCUAAAGAGAUUGCUUCCAAUUUCCGUCCAUCUUUUAAAGAAAGAUGGUGAGUAUCUAAGUGGUCAUGACAUGUUUAUCAGACGUGUUGCUGCUGCCUACAACAACUUUGCGGAAGCUACUGAAAGAGCUUGCCGUGAAAAAUGCAUGGAAGAUUUAAUAAGCACCACCCGAUAUGUCACGUGGUCUCUUCACAACAAGAAUCGAGCUGGAUUACGUCAGUUCUUAGACUCGUUUGCUGGAACAGAACAGUCCACUGUUGGUGUUACUGUAUCUGCUGGACUUUCUCAAGAUCUGUCAUAUGGAUCAGGCAAUGAGAAGCAGGAAUCAAAGCCGAGGGCAGAUGUGAAGCUGAGUCAUCUGGCUUCUGGAAUUGACUCAACCUCUGUUGUGCAGACAACAGAAACAAAGCUUGCUGAUCUUUUAGACAGCACACUUUGGAAUAGGAAGCUCGCUCCUUCCUCUGAACGGAUUGUUUAUGCUUUGGUACAGCAGAUAUUUCAUGGAAUUAGAGAAUAUUUCUUGGCCUCUGCUGAAUUGAAGUUCAACUGUUUUCUUCUGAUGCCAGUUGUAGACAAGUUGCCUGCUCUACUCGGGGAGGACUUAGAAUCUGCUUUUGAAGAUGACAUGGAUAAUAUUUUCGAUAUCAGCAAUCUAAGACAUUCAUUAGGCCAGAGAAAACGAGAUGCAGAAAUCGAGCUGAAAAGAAUACAGAGGCUCAAGGAGAAGUUCCGCUCGAUACACAAGCAGAUUUGUUUGCAUCAAGUUGAUUUAAAACCUGGUUCCAACUCGCAGCAGUGAUUCCUCAUUUAUGUUGGGAUAAUAUUUAUUUGUAUUUGUCAACUGGAACUUCUUUUAUUGUUGUCAUGAACGAAGAAAAGUCAGAAAAGUUGAAGUUUCGUUGUGGUUGGCCUCGAGUAGAUGACCUUAAACUAAUGUAUGAACAGAUGGCCUUGAGUAGAUGACCUUAAAUGGAAUGUUGAUAUUUUGAGCCUUGCCAUAGCUUUUUGUG